UAUUCCUAUCAAACUCUCUUACGAGUGCAUUGUGUGAAGGGGAAAUAUGUGCGGUUCCAUUUACCCAUGAAGACGGAGUUUGUAUUGACAUAUGUUAUUGCAAAUAUGCCAUCAACUUAAUCCGUUGCGGAAAAAAUCCUGGAAUAUGCGGCUUAAAGGGAAACAUUCCACUUGUGUGUUGCCCUAUUCCGUCAAAACUGGAGGAUCUUCCUGGAGAUUUAAGCAUAAGGAAACACAAACAAUACAUCCUGCUCGGCUUGAGAGCUAAAUUUCGGGAAUUUCCUCACAUGGCAGCGGUCGGUUAUGGCGAAACUAAAAUUGCAUGGUCAUGUGGAGGAAGUCUGAUCAGCCAUCGUUUCGUUCUAAGUGCUGCACACUGUGCAGAAUCCAUAGAACUGGGACCAGCAUUGUGGCUCCGUUUGGGAGACCUAACCUUAACAAACACCAUCAAAGACGCAAACUCUGAAGUCUUCAAAAUCAGCGAAGUUCAUAUACACCCGAAAUAUAGAAUCUCUUCGUAUUAUCACGACAUCGCUUUAUUCAAAACGGAACGACAAGUUCAUUUUAUGUCUCAUAUAAAGCCAGCUUGUUUGCAAGUGCCAAGGAAUUUUUCUAUUACGAAUUUAGAAGCAAUUGGGUGGGGCAGAACGGGUUUUCUUGAUGAAGGAAGCGGUCAUUUAUUGAAGGCCGAUUUGUCUGUUGUCAAUCAUAGUACCUGUGCCAAAAGAUACGCCGAUGUUGCUCGAACCAGGAAAUUGACCGAAAGUAUUUUAGAUGAAUUUCAAAUCUGCGCAGGAAGUUCUGAGGGAAAAGACACGUGUCUGGGUGACUCGGGAGGACCACUACAUUAUGAAUUAUACAGAAUACACACUGUUGAUAAUCAUUUUGUCGUCGCAGGAAUUACUUCCUUUGGAAAAGGAUGUGGUGGCAACAAUAGUGUUGGGGUUUACACAAGAGUGUCUGCUUACGUUAGGUGGAUAGAAAAUAUAGUUUGGAAAGAAGAUGACUAAUUUUAUUAAGAAAAAAAUCUCGUCAACUGUGAAGAAUACAAUUUUAUCAUGAAAGUACAUUGUAAUGAAUUUUGCAAAUAAAUAAAAUAAAAGCACAUACAAAGAAAAAGAAACCAAUAUUCUCGUAUUGUACAAGUUGUGGAACAUAGAAAAACGUAAAAUUGGUCAAAAUGACCUUUUUACAAUACUCUUGAGGAGCAGACAGUUAUCUGUCCAAAAUGAAAUACUUGUUAUUUAUGUUUAAUACGUGCAUCAAAAAUACAAUAAUAUUAUAAUGAUAAUAUUUUUGUAAUCAUACCAAGUCACCUAACCUUACCACCUCCGAUAUCUUUUAUUACGUCGCAGUUCGAAAAGUUUGUCCACUUUUUUUUCACAAAUAUGAGAAAACGAAUUCUUGCAAUUUUCUUUGAUAUAAUCCCCCUAGUUUCAAUUUCUUCAGUAUUAUUAUCAAACUGUCUUACGAGUGCAUUGUUCGAAGG